UCCGGGGACUCUCUGCUUUCCGACAGAUACGUGGUGGUGUCGGGGACGCCGGAGAAGAUUUUGGAGCAUCUCCUCAGCGACCUGCACCUGGAAGCCGCCCAGGACAAAGAGACGGAAACUCUCCUGGAUGACUUCCUUCUCACGUACACAGUCUUCAUGACGACUGAUGACUUGUGCCAGGCACUUCUGAGACAUUAUUGUGCUAAGAACCACCAAGGAAAAGAAGAUGACUCCGAUGUGUCCUGUAGAAAACGAAAAGUCCUGCAUUUGGUGUCUCAGUGGACUUCUCUCUACAAAGACUGGUUACAUGAAGAUGAGCAUUUAAAACAAUUUUUAAAGACAAUAUACAGGAAUGUGUUAGAUGAUGUAUAUGAAUAUCCCAUCCUUGAGAAGGAACUGAAAGAAUUUCAGAAGAUACUUGGGAUGCAUCGUCGUCACACCGUGGAUGAGUAUUCACCUCACCGAAAGAAUAAAACCUUUUUCCACCAGUUCAGUGUAAAGGAGAACUGGCUGCAGCACAGAGGAACCAUGAAUGAAACAGAAGAAAUUUUCUGUCGUGUGUAUAUAACGGAGCACUCGUAUGUCAGUGUGAAAGCUCAAGUAUCCACUUCAGCUCAGGAGAUACUGAAGAUUGUGGCAGAGAAGAUCCAGUACCCGGAGGAGGAGCUGGCGCUGGUGACAGUCACGUUCUCUGGCGAAAAACAUGAACUACAACCAAGUGACUUGGCAAUCUCAAAAUCUUUUGAGUCAUCCAGUCGUAUGUUUGUCUACCGGAAAGAUCUGACUGAUUCUUUGAACCCAUUUGCUGAAAAUGAGGAAUUGCAGCAAAGGUCUGUGAGAAUUCUGGGAAUCAACACCUGGGACCUUGCCUUAGAACUAACAAACUUUGACUGGAGCCUCUUCAAUGCAAUUCAUGAGCAAGAGCUGAUAUACUUCACAUUCAGCAGACAGGGCAGUGCUGAAAACACCGAGAAUCUCAGUCUACUGCUUCAAAGAUGCAACGAGGUCCAGCUUUGGGUCGCCACUGAGAUACUUCUCUGCAGCCAGCUCUGCAAACGUGUACAGCUAGUCAAAAAGUUCAUCAAGAUUGCUGCCCAGUAAGUUACCA